CCACAGCAGCAGCAGCAGCAUCCCUGACACUGCAGCCUGCCCUCUGCCACUCUCUGCCCCCCUCUCUCCACCACCCUCUCUGCAGCCGGCACCCUGCCCUCUCCCACCCUGCCUCCCUGCAAACUGGGGGCAAGAGGGCAGCAAGCACCGAGAAGAGCCCCAUCCCCCUGACAAGCACCUCUCCACUCCCUCCCCCCCACCAGACUCUGCAGCAAUAGGGGGAGUCACACGGAAAAAAGGAGAGAGAGAGAGGGAGAGCAGCAGAGAGAGAGAGAGCAGCAGAGAGAGGGGCAAAUUACACAAGGAGAGCAAGAAGGGGCAGAGGAAGGGUAACCCAGAAAGGAGAAAGGAUCACCAGGGGAGGAGGAGAGCCAGCAGGGGGCAGGAGGACUGCAGGAGGAGGGCAGCGAUUUUCCUGGAGGGGGAGAGGUCCCCUGCAGCACAAGGUGCCAAUUCCACGCAGGAAGCAUGAAGGAUCGGACCCAGGAGCUGAGAAGCGCUAAAGACAGUGAUGAUGAUGAGGAGAUUGUGCACGUGGACCGAGACCACUUCAUGGAUGAAUUCUUCGAACAGGUGGAGGAGAUCCGUGGAUGCAUCGAGAAGCUCUCAGAGGAUGUGGAGCAGGUGAAGAAACAGCACAGCGCUAUCCUGGCUGCCCCCAACCCCGACGAGAAGACCAAGCAGGAGCUGGAGGAUCUCACGGCCGACAUCAAAAAAACCGCCAACAAAGUUCGCUCCAAGUUGAAAGCUAUAGAACAAAGCAUCGAGCAGGAGGAAGGACUGAACCGCUCGUCGGCCGACCUCCGAAUCCGCAAAACGCAGCACUCGACUCUGUCCCGCAAGUUCGUGGAAGUGAUGACGGAGUACAACGCAACGCAGUCUAAAUACCGAGACCGCUGCAAGGACCGUAUACAGAGACAGCUGGAGAUCACUGGAAGGACAACAACCAAUGAGGAGUUGGAGGACAUGUUGGAGAGCGGAAAGCUGGCCAUCUUCACCGAUGAUAUCAAGAUGGACUCCCAGAUGACCAAACAAGCUCUGAACGAGAUCGAGACGCGACACAACGAGAUCAUUAAGCUGGAGACCAGCAUCCGCGAGCUGCACGACAUGUUUGUAGAUAUGGCCAUGCUGGUGGAGAGUCAGGGGGAGAUGAUAGACCGCAUUGAGUAUAACGUGGAACACUCCGUGGAUUACGUGGAGAGAGCCGUUUCUGAUACCAAGAAGGCUGUCAAAUAUCAGAGCAAAGCGAGAAGGAAGAAGAUCAUGAUAAUAAUCUGUUGUGUGGUGUUGGGAGUCGUUCUGGCUUCCUCGAUCGGAGGGACACUGGGACUCUGAAACGCACAAUGCCGACUAAAACCGAAGAAGAAGAAAAAAGAGUAAAUAGUAAAUUAUACAGAAAAAAAAAAUGAAAAAAAAUAUAAUGUAAAUGAUAAAAGUAUCGGAAUUUAACGCCCAGCUCCCGUUUUCGCCUCUGUGGGUUUCACUCAGGAGUUAGGUUACCAUCAGCUAAUUUGAGCCAACGAGGGCCUCGUCCGCCGCACUGGCCACUAUGGGGUUAACUGACGUGAACCUAAUGCCAAAGCUUCAUCGGUCACCCACAUCUCCUGGGGGCGAAAAGGGCCUGAAACGUCCCAAAUAUUUCUUUCUUUCUAUCUUUUUUUGUUCUCUGUGUCCGUUUUUAUGUUUCUCGAUCUGUUUUCCCGUCUGUUAAGGUUUUCAAAAAUUCUAAGUAUAUUUGACGUUGCUGGAUAUGUUCCACGGGGGCCCCCGGGGGCCGGUGGCGGAGGGCCCCCCCGGCGCUUUCUUAUGUCUUAUCUCUUGACCGGUGGCUGAGUGUGAUUUUGUUUCCUGCCAAAGUCUUGUGUGUGUGUUUUUUGGCUGUAAUUCCUGUUUCCUGGGGUCCGCGGGGGCGGGGUCAGUGCCCAUCCGUCUGGUCUUAUUGGGCGUCUGCAAAUCCAUGUCUUGAUACCCUGCUGGGGUGGUCAGAAGGGAAAGGGCCA